AGCAAUCAUGUCAGGACGUGGUAAAGGAGGGAAGGGGCUGGGUAAAGGUGGUGCAAAGCGUCAUCGCAAAGUACUUCGAGAUAAUAUCCAAGGUAUAACAAAGCCUGCUAUUCGCCGUCUAGCUCGUCGAGGUGGUGUGAAGCGAAUUUCUGGCUUGAUCUACGAAGAGACUCGUGGCGUGCUUAAGGUGUUUUUAGAAAACGUUAUCCGUGACGCUGUUACUUACACUGAGCACGCUAAGAGGAAGACUGUGACUGCUAUGGAUGUGGUAUACGCUUUGAAGAGACAGGGUCGUACGCUAUAUGGUUUCGGUGGUUAAGCAACAAUCAAGACUUAAGGAAGAUCACCCAAAGGCUCUUUUCAGAGCCAUC